CGUAUUGAUAGACGUUGUCUUUUUUAGUCCGGAGUAGAGUACAUGUACAUCUACAAGUCACUUUUGCUGGACAAACAAGAAGCAUCUAAUUCAAAAAGAUGUUUUCCAACAAGCGCGUUGCUGAGGCGAUUUCUCUCGCAUCUCCCGUAGAGCCACGCGCUGGACCGCCUUCUGCUAGGUCACGCAGUUCCCCGAAGCAACCUCCUAAAGGUAAAGAGGGGCAACAAGAGGAUUCGUCCCCGAUCAAGAAUGGCUCAUCAUCUUCUGCUUCUGGAGGAGGUAAGCCGCGAUCUUCCAGCUGCAUAGCUAAACCGAAGGGUGGUGGCGUUGCUCCUGCUAGUAGAUCUUCGUCAGGGUCCUCUACACCAACAAGUAGUGGUCCAGCAUACCCCUAUCCCAUGUCAUUCAAGACAGAGUGGGGUGGAGUGAAUGUUGCAACCAGUAGGAGUUCGUCAUCUACUUCCUCUCAUCUUCCAGUGAAAAACAUCAACAAGAUCAAAGCUCCUGGCCAAACGACCAUUUCGAUAGCUGCUUCUGCGCCAGGUAGUACCCUGACUUCCAAGAUGAAGACCUCUACUGCAAGCUUCUUAGCCAUUGAGAGAGAAACUCCAGCGUUUGGGACCAGAAAAGCAUCUACAACUUCGCAGUUAAUUCGAGCAGGUGGGAGUAAGAAGCUUCUUCCGCGACCUGUGUUGGCGAAAACGACUGUCGCUGGUACGACUACAGCUGGAAAAAUUAUUGCAUCAGAUGCUGCAGCUUCUAUUUCUGCUGCAGCAUUUGCUAGCAAUCCAGCACCAGCAGUCUCACUCGCAGCACCUCCACCACUAGAAGUAUCAUCUUAAGGGUAGGUUAAAGGUGCUUUUGUUACCGUUUGUUAUGGCUCUCCUAUGGGGGACAGCCAUAACAAGCGGGAUAAAACUAAAAGAACACCAAAAACCUACCUCUAAUCAUCUUCAAAAGUGCCAGCUCCGCUUACUCUCGCCAGUGCUGGUCGUAGCAGAUCUUCGGGAACGAAUAGCAGUAAGCUGAGUAAGAGUUCUUCCGAAGACGCUUCAGUGGAGACGACUGAUAUGAAUACUGUCUCUGGUGGCGGUGUUGUUGGUAGCAGUGUGACUAGUUCUACUGGUAGUAAAAAUCCUGUUGCAGUAGAGCCAUUCCCAUUUCCGGCUCCACCUGCUCCGUCUGACGACGCAGCUCGUAUUCGUGCAGCUAUUGCCUUCUCCUCCUGUGCGGCUGAGGCAGCGGCAGCGGCGGACUCUACAUCUUGUUUCGGCCUUGGAUUUGCUCCUGUAGGAGGACCAGCAGGCGGCGCCCUUCUCACAACAGGUGCUGCUCCAGCUUUGUUGUACUACACAGAUCCGGCAGGGGGAGGUGGCACCUCUGAGGCAGAGCCUGGAGGGAACCCACCUAAUAGUGCCCCACCUAAUAGUGCUAGUGGCGCGACAGCAACAGUUGUCGAAGGCGUGGAGACCGGAGGUCGCAGACAAAUGGGCUUUGUUGACGCAAAUGAACACUUACUAGAAACUCAGCAGCACAUACAUGCGUUGAGAGUCGAGCGUGAAGCAGCUGAAGAGAAAGAACAAAAAGAUACCACAGGAAUACUUCCACCCGCUCAUAGACAGAGUUCUAUCGUGAUUGGCGGUGCUAUCCCUGCGGAAGGAGUGAAUGGAAGUGAUCCGAUUCUAGGUCACCUGCAUCAUAUCGGCACUGACACCACUCUACUCGGUGACCGACACUACUUGCCAGCUCCGCCACCUGGAAUUUUGCCUGCUGGCCAGUAUGUGACGACGCCUGAACUGGCGUUGCAACCCUCUCCAGCAAUGGCUGGCGUGAUCUCCAACUCCACAAACAUCUUUCCAGCUCAUCAACAACUUGCUCCUCCGACUGGUUCACCAGCAUACUCUCCACACUAUGUGCCUACGCCAGCAAUGCUGACACCAACCAGUGCAGGGAUUUCCGGAAGGGCUCCUGGAACUCAAGUUGGUGCGGGAUAUUCUACGUUGUCUCUGAUGUCUUCAGAGAAGGACCCUUCGUCAUCUGCCCCAACCAGUUCGCAACAGCACAUCGAGAUCAUACGGACUGCCAAAACAGCUAUCGAAAAGUACAUAGGAUGGGAGAAGGAUAAUGGAAAAUUUCUGUUGCAUAAGCUGCGAGAGCAAGAGCAACGGUUUGCGACAGUGGAAGAUUAUGGCUACUUUUGAGUCAGUGUACUGCUUAUAAUCGAAUAUUAUCUUCUGCUCGCACAUUGGGCACUUCUUUGUGUUCAUUAGUUCUACUGAAUACUCAUAGUCAACAUAUCUCAAUCUCUAUCUCACAUAGUCAUAGCGUAAUAUGUUUAUGUUGAUACCCACCCCCAUUCCCAUGCGUGUCCUCUCCCCUCUAACGGCCAGCUCACCGAGCGCGCGAUGAAUUACGACUGAACUUGUUCCGUUUUCUCGACAGCGACUUACCCCAGAGGGUUGGACUUGUUAAGGAUCUACAGCGUGGCUUUAACGCUCUAGCAGUCGAAUGCAGUCGUGCAAGGGCGGACACAGGCAGACUGAAAGCACUGUUGUCCGAAUCCCACUCAGUCUACAAACACCAACAAGUGGAGAUAGAAAAACUGAGACAAGCGAGCGAUGCGCAGGUAUUCUCCUGGGAUUUAACUCUACUCGGUGGUUCAGGUUCUUUUUGGUUUGAUUUGAUGUCGGGUCGUGUUUCAUUUUCAUGAAGACCUUCCUCUCCAAUUCCACCAGAGUAGACGAGGUCAAUCAAUCUACCUCUCAUCUCACCACCUCCUCAGGUCGCGCACCUCGAGCAACGUCUCGUGGGGCUCACCACCGUGAACACAGCGUUGCAAGCGAAGGCUGAAACUCUGAUGGCUGAUGGCGGAAGAAAAGCCCAGGACUACGAGGAAGAAAAGAAGGAAGCGAAGCUGCAGUUUGCGAGAGAAAUCGAGGCCAUUCAAGUCCGAUUGGAAGCUCAGGUUGCGUACUAAAACCAAUUUUCUUUUGUUUGAUUUGUCGUUCGCACCUUUUUGUAGGGGUAUCUUUCUCCCAGUACAACUUGUGUUUGAGUAUGACACACAGGAUUAGAAAAAGUACAUCUACAACAACAAGAAUCUACUCUUUCUCGUCUAAUUCCUCUCUACCCUACCCCAACAUCAGCGCCUCCAAAGAGGCCUUCUUCCAAGAACAAGCCGCCAACACAGAGAAGCUGCAGAUGGAAGCUGAGAAAUAUGCGGAAAAGAUAGCCGAGGUUGAAGGACGCAUCGCAGAGGAAAGAAAAGAAAUCCAAGAAGAGAGACACAAGAUGGAAGAGGAGGUAACCAAUUACGUGAUGGAGAGGGAUAACCUUAGCGGGCAGACAAGGGAAUUGAAUGAGGAAAUUGAGCGCCUCACCAAGCGCCUCGAUGAGCACGUGCAGAUGGUGUCGAUUAAGGAGGACGAACUGGGCUCCGUCAGACGGGCACUCGCGGAUUUGGAGACUACGAAAGGCGUCCAAGUUUCGACGUUUUCCCAAGAACUAGCUCUAUUGACGCAAGAACGUGCGUCUUUUACGAGUCAGUUGGCCGAUAUGGAAAAGAAAAUGCUGGAACUAGAAACCGAGAAGGCGACUAAUUUGGACAAGGUACUACUGAAAAUAUCUUGUUGUAAUCAAGAAUCUUUUGUAUUUCUCGUUUUCGCAGCAUCGAAAGCAACAAACGUAUGGUUGUCGUGCCUCAAACAUGGAAAGCCAAUCUUGGAAUCACUGCUCCUCAGAUCCAGAAAAUCGAAUCCGAGCGACUCGAGCAAAGCAAGCGUGAAGAAACGACUUUAAGACAAGCAACCGAGAACGCAGCCGAGUUGGCUAGUUUGAGACUCCGCAAUGAGGAGCUGCAAAAUAGCGUGAAUACCUUGACAGAAACUCUGAAGCAAACAGGCGAGGACUUAACGGCAGAGAAAGAGAGUCACGGCAAUAUGCGAAAGAAACAUGGGGACACGGAAAGCGAGUACUUGUUACGUACACACCUGGAUAGUUUGCUAUUGCUUCAAGAUCAAGAUAAAGAAAAGAUCUCACUGUCAGAUCCACCCAUCUCAACCUUAAACUCUACCACCAAGGCGUUCCGUCUUAGAAAAAGAUCUUGCCCUUGCCGAGCGAACCAAAGAUGAGCUAACCACCGUGCUGACGCAGAUGAAGGAGCUUAACACGGAAAUGACUGCAACCUUGAAGACGAAGGAAGAUGAGCUCGCACGCAUUCACAAAGACCUUGAUGGCGUGAAAGCAGAGUCUGCGGAACAGCAUUCGGAGUUGGAGAAUUUGAAGCAUUCAGAGGAGAUUCAUGUCGAGGAAAUUGCAAGAUUGUUAAGGCUGAGGUUUUUUUCGUAGCUUCAAAUUCAACUUCAUUCUUGAGAAUUCUGCCUGAGAACGAGUACCCAUCUUCUAGUUCCGUGUCAUCAUCAUUGUCCUAUCUCGAACCAGACGCCAGCGUCUACUAGUACGACCACGUCAUUAGUCCACCUGCAGCCGUUCUCUAAUCCCUACGGUCGAAUGUGAGAGCUUGAAGGCGGAGAAGCAAGCAACGAUCGCGACGCAGAAAGAUGCACAUUCAAGUGAACUGCAAAAACUCCAGGAAGACGCUAAGGACAAGGCAAACGGGUUGCGGCAGCAGAUUAGUACUUCCUCUUACAUUUCUUCAAAACUAGGGGUCAGUUCUUGUAGUAUGUCGAACUAAUACAGCUUCUAUUUCUAUAUCAUCUCCUUCUCGCAGUGCAGCAGCAGAAGCAGGAGAACAUUGAGUUCUCAAAAGAUACGAAAUAUCUUUUGUUUUUUUAGAAAGAUCGUCUCUUGAAUUCUAAGGCUCUCGACACUAUAAUAUCGUCUCCUUCUGUACAUGCAUCUUCUGUAGAAGUGAUGAAAGGAUCAACUAGAACGAAGAUCAACAUGACUUGUUCACCCAAAAAAAUCAGUGGCUCUCCAAGAACAAUGCGAAGCACGAAGUAGGGAAAUGGAGGCCAAACACGCUCUUUACAGCAACGAAAAAGUCGAAUGGGUCUCUGAAAGGAAAUCUCUGAUAGCAGAAAGAGAUUCUGCUAGGUACUUGAAGAUGUUCUUCUGAUGCCCAUGGAUGCCCAUGUAGUUUUAGUCUAAAUAUUGAUCAUAGUCCUUGAAGAUGAGUACCUCGACAAUAACCUCUGCUAACUAGUACCAGCGUUGUGAUGGUAAUCUUUCACUGUUGCUGUAACAACAACAAAAUUAUCUUCCUUGUUCCCUACUGCUCAACAGAAUCGAAGCUUCCGAGUGUCAGACGAUGAAGCAACUGGCAGCUUCCUUGGACCAGCAAUUAGCUGACACCCGUGCCCUGCUUGCUGAACGGCAGAGAACCGAUAGUCUGCGGAAAAGCGCCAUCGGACAGCUUCUCCAAACCAUGCAAGACCAAGACGUGGUCGAUACGGAUAGCAUGAUCGGUGCAGGAGAUCGCGAUGGGUCAAUGGUUCAAUAUGGAGGUGGUACUAGACCGUCGUCUGCAUCACCGAUGAGAAGGACAAGUACUGGCGGAGUGGGCGGUGGAGCCAUGAUGACUACAGGUGCGCCAGGAGCUUUAGUUGUUGACCGUAGCAUCCAAGAUUCUGCGGAAGACGCUCCUAUCAAUGCAGCAGCUGCAGGAGCAGCUGCACCAAUUGCAAUCGGUGCUAGUAGUGGAGUUAACAUCGCAAGUAUCUCUGCCUCUGCUGCUGCUCCAACUACUGUAGCAGCUGCUGGAACAAAUGCUGGCCUGACUAACAGUUUCGGCUUCGACACUAGUGCUAGUCCCGAUCGAGCAGGUGGGCCGACACCUGGUGGAGCCGAGAGUGCCGCACAACAAGUCCCCUCUGGACAGCCGCCACAGAUGCAUUUCUAUCCAGAAAAUUUGGGCAUCGCCAGUAGUACACUGACAGUUGUGGGAGAUGAAUUUCGACUGGUUCAUGUUGGACACGAGCAGGACCAACAUCAACAACGUAUAGAAGUGGGAAACGGAAAAGUCGUGGAGCAUUUUGAUGUUAAUAACAAAAAAGACGAGAUCGCAUAUAAUUCUUCAAGUAGCACAUCGCCAGCUUUUUUCCGGCAAUAUCAAGAAGUUCAGCGUCUCCCAGAGCAACCACGUUCUCAACAUCCACAUCCAGUAGCUACUGUACCAGCUCCUGGAGGUCCGUCAGCAGAGUCCUCAUAUUCUGAAGCAGCCUCAGAUCGCUUCAUUGAGGAUAGCACCAGCACGACCUCAGCUUCGAUUCUUGCCCAAAGACUUUUGUAUCAAAAUUCAGCAGCAGCUGCUCCCUCUGUAACAGAUGCUGAUGCACCAGGAAAUGUGCUUCUGCGAGGAAGACCACAUGAGUAUGCGACUCAACAACUACCUCAAGAAUCACGAUCAUACGCAACUCAUCAAUCAUCUGUACAAGAGCCUCCUAACAGAAUCGACCCAGCACCAGCAGACCAGAGCACUCUUCUGACUCAACGCAUGGUAGCUGCUCGUAACCAGUAUCUGUCGGCGAUGCAGGAAGUAAACGUUUUAGAGAUGCAACAACAGAGAAUCAGUGGUAGGAGGCAUUCAUGGAAUGCUACGUCGCCUGACCUGCAGGUGCUGCAACAAGAUAUGAGUAAUCAUGGACAUGGAGCAGCAGCAGGUGGUCCUCCGAAUUUUCAACAACAUACCUCUCCAUCAGGGGCUCCUUCGGCACAUCUUCAGGUGUACACGACCAGUGGAGGCCAUAACAACUAUGGAGACAUCAACGGGCAUGGUCAUUACGCAGGAUCGCAAUCAGUUCAAAUGUCCUAUCGAUCCAUACAGCAGCUGCCGAAUCAUGUGUCGUCUGGAGUUCAUCAGCAGCAACAAAACUCCUUGAGCAAAGCCACUGUCCUCUCAGCUGGUGAGUACUCACUCGGCCAGUACUCAGUCCCCUCUGACUGCCCAGAGACAGCGCCACGACGGCCUGCGACGUCAGGAACAGUGUCUUCGUCUUUUCAGCGAAGUCACGGCUACUUGGGGAAGCAAAAUCCAGCAGAGGACGACUUGAUGGGCUCUAGACGUCGCGUCCGCAGUAGCAGCUAUGGAUCUUCGUCACAGCGUGGAGGUACCAGUACUUCUAGAACAUCGUCGAGAAACCCACCUACUACAGGGGACCGUGACAGGAAACUAGUCGACCCAAAGCUUCUAGCACGCAUGCGUGCUGAAAGGAAAGCUAGUAUUGAACGAGCGAUGGCACGACAUCAAAGGGAUCAGGGUCACGGGUCUGUUGAGGAGGGUGGCCAGCUAUCUGGUAGUGGUGGAGGCAUCUUCGCAACGACUCCGCUCGAACCUCCAAAAGGAUUCUUUGAUUGGUUCAUGUAGUUCAUGUGGGGGGAACGUCACGAGGGGGUUCUUCUUGUACUGAAAGUGUUGAUCAAAUAGUUGGAGUGCAGCUCAAGCACCUGUUCCACUUGACGUAAAUUUGCAUUACUUGUUACUAAAGUGUGCGCAUACCAUGAUCAUCGUCUCUGUCUAUCUUUUCCUAUUAAUCUUCAAUCUUGAUCUUCUCAUUUGUUGCACUAGUAAAACUGCAUCUCAUCACCUACUCCUGAAAAAUUUAAAGAGAGAGUCCCUGCUCAUCUUGUUCCUAUACAACAAGGUGAUCUGCUAAGUGUCUGAAGAAAUAGAUGAAUCGAUACCACUAGUCUACUUCAUUGUAUAAAUUUUUGACAUCACCCGGACCCGCAUUGGUACAACAUUAUCCAUCUUCGUCACCUACAGCAAAUAUAGUAUGAGCUAAAUCAAACGAUGGAAUAAAUAGAAAUAGAAAUAGUAGAAGUAUCACUAGAAGAUGAACUACUGGAUGUGGAUUACAGUCCAAUUUCUUGACUCAACAACAACUUUCAUUUCCAAGAAAGAUUUCGAGUAGGAAAAAUUGCAAUUGAAAGCGGAAUUUGAUGGUGUAGUAAAACAAGAGUUAUAUAAUUAUGCGCCUGCAUCGCUGUUGCAUAGAUCAACAUAGUGAAGUGCAAAAAUAUGAAUAUGUAGUAUCGCAUAGGAGAUCAUCAAGUCAGUGAGCUAACAAAAAACAACAAAAAGGAAGUCAGUAUAGCUAUAGAUUCUCAGAUGAGACUUGAGUACAACAAAAACUACUAUUGCAUGAGCACGACAUCAAGACCAAGAGUAAUAUUAAAUGGACAUUAUAGGAUGUGGGAUUUCAGAUUCAGAACUUGCAACCAACACUUGAGGGUCUUUUUCAAUCAUCUUCUU